GUGAGCCAGGAAGCAGCUUGUGCUAAUUUCUUUACAUGAGUUGCAGGCUUGUGUUACAGCACAGCUGAAGGGAGGCAGUGAAUUCAUGGGAACCUAUUGAAUAUCUGAUUCUCCUGCGAGUUGACUGCGGAGGAGUAGGGAUCUGACAAUGGGAGACAUUCGAGAUUUCCAGACUCAACCAGCCCAGCGAGGUGAGGACAUGGCCUACAGGAAGGUGCGUGCAGGUCACAGGGGCUCGUUGCGCUCGCGGGACAUGGAGAGUGAGGAGCUGCAGGCCGCCACUCUCGAGCUGGAGUGGGACAUGGAGAAGGAGCUGGAGGAGCCCGGCUUGGACCGCUUCCAGCUGGAGUGCGUCGAGCGACAGCCUGUGGGCAACUCCGUCGGAGGAGGAGGAGGAGGAGGAGGAGGUGGGGGGGGCGACCUGGACCUGGAGCCCAUCCAGCCCUCCACUUCUCCGCACGGGCGAUUCCAGCGCCUCCAGGAGGAGCCCAGCUACGGGUCCCGCUUCACCCGCGCAGCGUCCAAAGCACAGAGGAGGGCCGAGAACUGGAGCUGGGCAGUCAAGUACAUCUUAGCCGGGGCAGGGGUGUUCAUCCUGGGGCUGGUGAUCGGACGCUACACACACGGCACAGGGGAUCAGGCGGCAGCUGUGCCGUCAGACGUGGACGUGCUGGACAGUGUGUUGAAGGGGAUCACAGCAGAGGAUCUGCAGGCAUUAAAAAGGAAUUUUAGCUCAUGGUCAGGACAAAGUGAGUUGUUCAGAGUGUCACUUCUUCUGCGGAAGUGGAGGGACUUGGGCCUGAGGGACAUUCACCUGUCCAAUUACACUGUCCUCCUCAGCCACCCGGGCCCUUCUCCCAGCUCUAUCAUUGACAAGCAAACCAAUCAGUGUUUUCUGCCCAACGGAGAAGGGUGUGAUGCCACCGGCCCUCCUCCAGCAGUAGACCCAAGCCCUUCCUUUGCUGCCUACUCUGCCGUGGGGAGUCUAGAGGCAGGGCUUGUGGAUGUACAGUACGGCAGCAUGACGGACCUGACCCAAGCCAAGGCCUCGCUGAAUCUCACCAACAAAAUAGCAAUAAUGAAGCUUGGACAAGCACCUUUACUGUAUAAGCUCUCCCUCUUGGAAAAGAUGGGUUUCGGCGGCGUGUUGCUUUACGUGGAUCCAUGCGAUGUCCUCAGCGAGGUCGAUAUCUGGCACAAGGCCUUCGGCGUCACUCUGAAUCCUGGAGGAGAUCCCUCAACCCCAGGAUACCCGAGCAUCAAGGGAAGCUACCGUGUGGAGAGGCCAUACCUAACAUCACUGCUGGUGCAGUCGAUCUCUGCGGGUCUGGCCAAAGAGAUUAUGUCUGCACCCACUAUGGGUGAGGGACGUCCCUGUACCCCGCUGGCCAUGCAGUCUGCCUCAGCCAAAAGAAUAAUCACAUUAAAUGUCGGGACACGAGCAUCAUACAGGACAAUUCACAAUGUCAUCGGCUAUCUGAAAGGAAGGAUUAAUCCAGAUCGAUAUGUUCUGGUGGGCAGUCGUCAUGGCAGCUGGCAUGAGGGUUCUUCAGAGGACUGGAGUAGUGGUGCCGUGAUCAUGACUCAGCUCAUUUCCUCUAUGAUGUCUCAGGCCCGCCUGGGCUGGCAGCCAGACCGUACCAUCGUCUUCACCUCCUGGGGGGGGUCAGCACUUGGUAGCAUUGGAUCAUUUGAGUGGGGGGAGGAGAAUCGGGUGGUGUUGGAGAGCAGUGCUGUAGCUUACGUCAGUCUCUACAGUCCAGUCCGAGUUGGGAGGUCAUCCUGCUCCACAGCCUCGCCCUCACUAUUUCAACUGGCCUCCGACAUCCACAAGAGACACUUGAGGAGCUGCAUUCAGAAUAGCUGUUGCCCUGGUCCCAACAUCAGCUCUCUGCAGACCCCUGGGGAUGUGAGCUACUUCGCCAACCAGCUUGCCAUCCCCACUGUGCAGUUUACAUCCACCUCGAGCAGGACCUUGGAGACAAGUUUCCUCUCGGAGGCCUUCUUCCCCUCAGACCCUUCCACUGACAAGGCCUCAGAUUCUUCCUUCAAACGUCACGAGGCUGUGGCUAAGAUGACAGCAGAGGCCAUACUGCGUCUGAGCGGCGACCCGGUCCUCCCCUUCUACCCUCUGGACGUUGCCCUAGAUGUGCAAAACAAACUCAAAGAUGACCCUCUGCGGACAGCCGAGCUGCUGGCGGCCGCCGCCAUUUUGAGAGACAACUCCACCUUCCUCCAGUCCGAGAGCAUGCGGCCGGCCAACGACCCCAAGGAGCGGGACCCCUCUCACGUGCGCAUGCUGAACGACGUCCUGCAGGGUCUGGAGAAGAGCUUCCUCAUCCCCGACCCCCCAGCUGGCUUAUGCAGGAACCUUCUGUAUGGGUUGAGCACACAGUCCUCCCGUUUCUCCAUACUGAAGGAUGCCCAUGAAGUGAAAAGGCCUGUAAACCAGACUUUAUCUCUUGUUUUCAAUGCCAUAAGGUCAGCUCAGAGACUUGUCCAGAGUGGGCUCGAACUCUUUGAGAAUGACCCAGACAGUUCCCACUGACACGGAGCGUUUAGGAGAGGUUGUUGGCGGCGUAGUCCCACUCUCGGCAGGCAUAUUGGAGGCGCACCACCUGAGGAAAGACCCAAACAGCAGCAACAAACUCUAAUAUAUGAUUGUUUUGCACUGAUUAUCUUGAUAACCGAAACUAUGAAGGGCUUGGAAGAGUAGUCCUAUUUUAAGCAAUAUUAAUCUUAUUGUUUUUGACAGUGUCCAUAAAAUGCUUUUGGUUCAUUUUUCAAGGUCUGUACCAAAUGUCUUUAGGGAAAUUAGCUUAUUUGCCGUCUACCCCAAUUAGCCUAUAGCUCUUUUUUAACUAUAGUGCAAUCCACUUCCAAGCUAGGCAAACGGUGCCAGACUGAGUUCUUGCACACACGUAGGAGAGGUAUGUGUCCUCUUAUCUAACUUUGGGUUGAUGGAAAAUAAGCUAAUUUAAAAAAAAGUUGGCCUGUUCCUAAGAUUGAUAGCAAUGAAGGCAGCAAGCUUAACUGUGAGACUAAAUGGAAAAACCACAGCAACCAAAGAGGUGAAAAGAUAUACUGUAAUGUAUACUGUAGUACCGAUACAAAACCAGCAUACUGGAAAACGUACAAUUAAGAAUAAUAUUAUUUAUUAUUUUUUGAGGAAAUUUCUUAGUAUCCAAACCGUAUGCAAAAACAUUGGGGGAAUCAAAUUAAUACAGAUACAAAUUCAUGCAGUCCUAUUUAGUUGAAGUAAAUACAUAUAAUAGUUUACAUUAAUGUGAUUAACCUGUGAAUAACCUGUAAGUACAUGUUUAGUGCAAUAGUACAUCCAAUAAUGCGUCAAUGCCGAUGGUCACAUUCAGUGCUUCCUGAGGUCUGAGGCCCAUGGAGUGCCUUAUAUCCAUGCACAGAGGUGCAGGACUUUGUGUUACUGAUGAGAUAAACGAUGUGUAAUGUCACACCACAGGAAGUUAGGCUUGUGUUCAUGACCACCAGCAGACAAAAUACAUGAUAAGUAAAACACAAAUGUUCUUACUGGAAAGAAACUGCUCCUCGGUCUGUUCUGGUAUCACCUAUCAGGAUAUAUACUGGAUUUAUAUUUAGGUUGAGGAGUAGACACUUUAUCCCUAAUAUUUGGACAAAACAAAAUGCAUAAUUAUUUGUGUAUUGCAGUGCUAUAAGAUUGAGACUACCAUGUAUAUAGUUGAUUUUCAAGAGCACAGAGGCUGCAAUGCUGACAUUUACUUAAAUACUCGUGCAGCUUUGACAACAAAUGUGUGUGUUUGUGAACAAUAAGUUGGAAAACGCAACUUUGAAAUCAAAAACUGUGAGUUGCAUACGGAUAUUGCACAUGUGUCAAUAUUUCCACCUUCAUCAAGCAUCCUUUGAAGGCUUAAUCAUAGUGUACCUGUAUUGAUAACUGUAUGCAGUGAUGAAUAUUCACUAAUUGACGUUGCACUCUCAUAUGAAGGCUACAGUUGUUUUGCUUUAACUGAUAGAUGCCGUAUGCCUGCAAUUUUGGUGCACUUUAAAUUGGAAUGUUUUUUUUUAGGGAGAAUUUCAAGUGUUGUGAUUUGUAAAUGAACAUGUUAAAUUACUUGAUGCUAAAAAACUAAAAUAAAACAGGCCAAUUUUGCGACACUUGAAUCAGGGAAUCAAAUUCAACCAAGCUUUAAGUUCUUAAUGUGCCUUUCAGUUAAGAAGCAUCUGUGCAGUAAAAAUAACAUGAAAAUUGUCAGUAUCAAAACAAGGAAAACAAAUUCUAAAGCUUGUUUACUCAUAAGCUCCCUUUUCUGUAGCAUUUGACAUGAAGCAGUUUCAAUCAUAUGUGUACCAUCUACACAGCUGGACUCUGACAGAACUGUUCUCUUUGACUGUUCCUCAUUGACCAACAACAGAAAUUACUUCUGCGCUAAUUUCAACUAAAAUCACUAAUUUCCAUUGCUGAUCUGUAGUCUGCUCUAUGCCCUCUGCGGGAGCAAAGUAGUUAUGUAUGAGUAAUACACUUCAAUGAAAACGCAUGUUACUUUUGAAAUCCUUAGGAUUCUUUUUUGUCACAAUGAAAUGUGAGUAUCCCACAUCCACUGAGUAAAUCAAUUAAAUGAAUGUAUAACAAUAUGGCAAAGUGUACAUGUGGGUAAAAAUACCAUUAAUUCUUGAAUGAUUUGGAUGAUGUUGGAUAUCAAAUAUUCUAUCAGGUGUGUUUACACUUUCCAUAAAGGUUUACCAUAUUUGUAAAUGUUUUUGUAAAAUAAGCACCAUGACUGUAGAAAAUGAGUGCAGAAUAGAAGCAGUAAUGUGAAUAAAAUACGCUGUAGAUUUGCACUAAAACCAUAUCAAACACAUCAUUUUAAAUAUCAGGACAAUAUCUGCAUGUUUAAUGUCUUACAUUUACACUUACUGUAAGUAAUGCAAGUUUGUUUUUAUUGUUUUGACUAAGGUCUAAACCCAACCCUUAAUGGUUUUACCUUUAAGUUAUACAUCUCAGCUGUCUUACUCAUGUAAGUACGGCUUUUUAAAUAGAAUACAGCAGGGAAACAGGGUUGGGGAGUGUGUCAACUCUAUUUAAUGACAUUAUAUUUCAACUAUUCUCAUUAUGUGUGUUGUUCAUUAUGUUAUGAUGUUAUCAUGGUAAGAGGAUGCUUUUAUUUUUAUUUAUUUAUUUUAGAACUCCACGGUGUCUGGUAUCACCACAGGAGAGAAAAAUAAUGGGCUGGUUUGUCUCCCUCUCCCUCCCUUAUAUCAUCCCUAACUAUGAUGAGACUCUUGUUACAUUAUCCACUCACUGUUGUGAGUACUAAAAUGGCUAUUAUUCUACAGUGGCCAUACUGUAGGGUAAACUCUUUAGCACUGUGGUUGUGUGUGAAAUAAUGAUCUGUUGAGGAGAUGUGAAGUCCAGCCACAGUCACUGAGCUGUUUGGUUUUGCUAAAAAUGUGAUGUGAAGUUUCAUAUACAGUAUGAUGUCUGCAUUCAGGGUCGAAAGGAUUCAUUGUCAGGGAGGUGGAUUUCGUACAAGAGAGUAAUGAAAUUCAUAGAGAGCAAAAUGCUAGGCAUGUACAAAUGCAGCCCCUCUCUCAAUUACUUUGUCUCUGCACAAAGUACUGGUUACAUUUUGUCUUUUUGUUUCUCAUGCAUGAAUUUGUCCCAGCUGGUUUGGCUUGCUGAAUGAUUAUGUCUUCUGAAGCAAUAAACUGAUUUCUA